GCGUUCUCUGUUUGGGUGUUGCUUCAGCUCGGACGGGCGGGGUGCAUCUCUCACCCGAAAAACGCGCCCCGCGGGAGCCGGCAGUUUCCACGUACAGCCUGUGAGGUGCUGCCCGCUGAGAUCAUGUCCAAGUCCCUGAAAAAGUUGGUAGAGGAGAGCCGGGAGAAGAACCAGCCGGAAGUGGACAUGAGUGACCGCGGCAUCUCCAACAUGCUGGACGUCCACGGCCUGUUCUCCUUAUCCCACAUCACACAGCUGGUCCUCAGCCACAACAAGCUAACAACUGUGCCUGCAAACAUAGCAGAGCUGAAGAAUUUGGAAGUGCUUAACUUUUUUAAUAACCAGAUUGAGGAGCUGCCCACACAGAUCAGCAGCCUUCAGAAACUGAAGCACCUGAACCUCGGCAUGAAUAGACUAAACACUUUGCCUCGAGGAUUUGGCUCUCUCCCAGCUCUUGAGGUCCUUGAUUUGACUUACAACAACUUGAAUGAAAAUUCCCUUCCUGGAAACUUCUUCUACCUGACCACCCUGCGUGCACUCUAUCUAAGUGACAACGAUUUUGAAAUCCUGCCGCCAGAUAUUGGGAAGCUCACAAAGUUGCAGAUACUCAGCCUUAGGGAUAACGACCUGAUCUCGCUGCCUAAGGAAAUCGGGGAGCUUACUCAGCUUAAGGAGCUCCACAUUCAGGGGAACCGCCUGACCGUUCUACCCCCAGAACUAGGAAACUUGGAUCUGACUGGUCAGAAGCAGGUAUUCAAAGCAGAGAACAAUCCUUGGGUUACCCCAAUUGCUGACCAGUUCCAACUUGGCGUGUCCCACGUUUUUGAAUAUAUCCGUUCAGAGACAUAUAAGUAUCUCUACGGCAGACACAUGCAGGCAAAUCCAGAACCACCGAAGAAAAAUAAUGACAAAUCGAAAAAGAUCAGCCGGAAACCCCUGACAGCCAAGAAUAAGUAAGGGGUUCGCAUGACCUGGACUUCUGGUCUCUUUUUUCAUUAUUGCUUCUGUUCUCUCUUGCUCUGUCCCACAAACAAAUACAGCUAACCCCUGAACAACACUGGUUUGAACUGAACGGGUCCACUUAUUCAUGGAAUUUCUUCCAUAAAUACUGUAAAUGUAUUUUUUCUUCCUUAUGAUUUUUCUUAAUGAGACUUUUCCUCUAACUUUAUUAUAACAAUACAGUAUUAAUACAUAUACCAUAUAGAAUAUGUGUUAAACUGUUUAUGUGAUUGGUAAGGCUUCUGGUCAAAAGUAGGCUAUUAGUAUUAAAUUUGGGGGGAGUCAACAGUUAUAUGUGGCCCUAGCCCCGUGGCCGGCAAACUGCGGCUCACGAGCCACAUGCGGCUCUUUGGCCCCUUAAGUGUGGCUCUUCCUAAGCCUU